AUGAGGUUGAUUAACAUCACCUUCUUCAUUCUUAUAUGCAACAUCUUCGUUCAGACCAGAAAAGGAACCACAAGGCCUAAAUCGCCGAAGCCAAAGGUCGUCAAACUCGAAGACUGGGAGAAAAUCACUGUACAUAUGGUUCCACCAGCAAACUGGGAAACGCUCAAUAUACCACAACGGAUAAAAAGCUAUAUGGAACAUACAUGGUCGCAAAGUUCCUAUACGGAUAAAUGCAGCGAGGAUAAUCCUUUGCAUAUUGUUCCUGUGUAUUUUUGGCCUGGUGACAAAGUUGAUCUUCCAUGUCUCAUGUGCGAAUUGGCAUUUGUUUUCAACGGUAAAAUGAAGAUGUGGGGAAAAGCAACAAAUAUUCUGAAAUUUUUGGAAAAUCCAAAGGCAACUCUAAUCCGCACUCGAGCCGUAGUUUUUCCUAAUUGGCGACCAAUCGACGUUCAAACACCGUUCUCUCAUUGGUUAGCGAGCAAGAGUACUGUUCGGGCAAUAUUAGAGUCACAUUAA